AUGGGAAUUGAAGGUCUUCAUCCUUUGCUUAAAUCAGCUAUACAUCGUGUAAAUAUAAAAAAUGCUGAAUUUCAAGGAACAACAUGUGCUGUUGAUACAAGCUUUUUACUUCAUCGAGGUGCUUAUGCAUGUGCUGGAAAAUUAGCACAAAAUGAAUCGACUGAUAGAUAUGUUCAAUAUGUUACACGAUUUGUUGAAAGAUUACUUGAAUGGAAUAUAAAACCUAUCAUGGUUUUUGAUGGAUCACCAUUACCAGCAAAACGAAUAACUAAUAUUAAUCGUAGCGAUGAACGUGAAAGAAAUCGAUUACGUGGACAAAAAGCUCUUGCUAAUGGUAAAACUCGUGAAGCUGAACAAUUUUUUCAAAAAGCUAUUGAAAUAACACCGGAUAUGGUUUUGAAUGUUAUUCGAACUCUUCGAACUAUGGGCAUCGAUAUUAUUGUUGCACCAUAUGAAGCGGAUGCUCAAUUAGCAUAUUUAAAUAGAGCAAAAAUAGCUGAUUAUGUUAUAACAGAAGAUUCAGAUCUUGUUCUUUUCGGUUGUCAUCAUAUUUUAUUUAAACUUGAUGAGCAAGGAAAUGGUGAAUUAUUUGAAAGAACAAAAUUUGAUUUGAAAAAAGAAUUUGGUCUUGAUAGUUUUGAACGUUUUCGUUGGAUGUGUAUUCUAUCUGGAUGUGAUUAUCUUGAAAAUAUAAGUGGAAUUGGUUUAGUAAAAGCAAAAAAAAUUAUGAGUAGAACUCAAGUAACAAAUAUUGAAUUGAUUCUUAAACAAUUACCACAAAAUCUUGGCAAAUUAAAUCUUCGUGUAACUGAUGAGUAUAUCAUAGGUUUUAAACGUGCACAUCUAGCAUUUCUUUAUCAAAUUGUCUAUGAUCCUAUACAAAGAAAACAAGUACCACUUAAUCCAUUACCAGAUGAUAUUGAUCAUGAUCAAUUAAAAUAUGCUGGACAAAUUGAUCAUACACCACUUGCAUUUCAACAUGCAAUUGGCAAUUUAAAUGUAAAAACAAAAUGUAUCGUUGAUAAUUUUGAUCCAAAGCAAUGGAAAUAUCGUUCACCUGGAUCAUCACCAUCAUCUACUCCGGCACAUCUUAAAUCAAUUUGGAGUAAAGAAUACGUUGUUCGUUCUAAACCAUUUUCAUUAUCAUCAACACCAAUCAAUCAAAAAAUACUUUCAACACCAUCACCACCAAGAAAAAUUCGUUCACAAACAGAUUCAAUAUCUAUUUCAACAUCUGAUACAUUAACAUCAUCAGCUAUUCUUAAUAUGUAUUUACCAAUAUCAAAUGAAAAGAAACCUGAUAUGCCAACAAAAACUUCUUCAUCUACUGAAUAUCAUACAUCGAUAAUUCAAAGUAUUGAAGUUGUUAAACGACCACUUCUAUUUAAUCAAUAUGAUAAUGAUACAUGUAGUCGAUUUUUUUCAUCAUCUACUGUAACUAAAACAAGUGUAUUUGAUGCAAUUAAUGAAAAUCAAAAUAUUUCAUCAAAUAAAGAAAAACUUUCACCAAAUAAUGUUAAUAAAAAAUUUAAAGGAUCAAAUAUGAAUAAUGUUGAUGAUGAUGAUGAUGAUGAGUGUUUAUCACAAUCAACUAGUCAAAGUUCAAUUGAUAAAUUUAUAACACCAACAAAAAAAAAUCGAUUUGUAUUAAAAAGAAAAUCACCAAAUAUUGAUAAACAAUUAUCACCAACAGAUGAUUCAAAUAUAAAAAUAUUUGAUCAAAAUACAGAAAGUUCUGAAUCUUCAUCAACAUUAACAUUUCAAGCUAAAUCACCAGUACUUCAAUUACCUCAAAAUCUUCGAAAUCAUUUUGCUAAACAAGCUACAUCUCGAAUGGUUCAACUAACAUGA